CUCUGCGCAUGCCCCGGGCUCCAGCUGCAGGGGCUUUCCGCUGCGCUCAGUUUGCAUCUGGACGUCGGGAGUGGUAGUUGGGUACACGUUUCUAGCGUAGAUGGGAGAAGUGGCUCUUUGUCCCAAGCUUUCGAGAGGAAGGCGUCUGUUGGGCCUUUGUAUCUCUCUUGAGUGAGGUGAUGCCAGUGUCCUUCUCCCAGUUGUGACAACCAGAAAUGUCUCCAGACUGCCAAAUAUCCCCUCCCGGGGAGAAUCGUCGGGGUUAGAACCGCCGUUUAGGAAAUAAUCUAGGCUUUUGGGAAGUGACCCUUUUCAAAAGCCAGAAACAACGAUGUCUUAGCUACGUGAACGACUUGUGGCCAGGCUCGCCCCUUCUUCCAGAGGCUCUCGGUCCCCUUCCAGCGUCUCGAGUCGGUCGUCAUCCAGGAAUCGGGCCGGGCCCGGGAGAAGGAGCAGGUCAAGGUCUCAUUCCAGAAAGCGCCACCUGAGAAAGUCCAGGCGCCACUCGCGGUCUUCCUCGCGGAGCCGGUGUUGUUCCCGCAGCAGUCCGGCUCUCGGGGAAGGUCGUAUUGCAUACCAGAAGGGCCUACGCGGUCUUGCCGGGGCGACGGUACUACGGCUUUGACCCUAUGGUGUACCCGAAAGAACACAGUAGUUGGAGGGAGAGAUCCAGGAAGAGGUCGUGGAGCAGAACUCCGUUUCACUUAAGUGAAAAAGAUAAAAUGGAGCUAUUAGAAAUAGCAAAAGCCAGCGCAGCCAAAUCAUUAGGAAUAGCCAACCUUGACUUGCCAGUUAGUCUCAAAACUGUUCCUGUAGCUAAAGAAAGAAACUGUGAAACAGCUGUACCAAAUACUGCAAAGUUUGAGAGUUUGGAUAAUGAAAAUGCAAGUGAGUACAAUACCAACACCAGCAUGACCCAGACAAUACCGAAAAAGAAGACUAAACGGCUGUGUUAUUUUAACGUCAGAUGGAAGGACAUAUACAGCUGGAUUAGGGAGGUAAAUAAUCCCAACAGAGCAUACUGCACAAUAUGCAGGAAAGAAUUUGGGGUUGGGCACGGUGGAGAAGGGGAUGUAAAAGCCCAUAUGGAGACUGAAUCCCACAAGUCUGGGAUGAGACAAGCGAGUACUUUGGAAUCAAUUCAAAGUGUUUUUGUCUCCCAAAAAGACACCAAUGCUCAAUGGAAAAUAGCAGCCGCUGAAUUAGCUUGGGCAUACCACACGAAUGAACACGCAUUAUCAUAUCGCUCCCUUGACUGCUCUAUGAAACUGAGUAAAGUUACAUUUCCUGAUUCAGAGGUUGCAACUAAAAUGUCCUGUGGGCGAACAAAAGGGGAAAUUUUGAUCACAGACGUGUUGGCCCCUUACAGUGUAGAGCUGAUUCUGUCAGAUCUUAGCAGCAAUCAUGCUUUCUAUGGUAUAUCAAGCGAUGUGUUGAAUCAUGGCAAUAAAAAAGUGUUCCCCCUAGCUCUUAGGUACUUUGAUUUGAAAAAUGGAGUUUCAAAUCGUCUUCUUGAUUUCUAUGAAGAUUUUAAUGAAACCUCAGAAAACAUAAAACAAAAGAUCAUGGAUAUGCUGUCCAAAUACAAACUAGACUUUGCUCACCUAUCUGCAUAUUCAGCAGACAGUGCAGAUGUAAAUUUCAGCAAAUUCCAUUCAGUCUAUAAACUUCUUACCAAAGAAAAUGAAAAGAUCUUACCUGCUGAAUGUCCUGCACACCUUGUACACAAGACUGCUAAGAAGGGGUGUGAUUUGCUUUCCUGUGACAUCGAGGCUUUCAUAAUGAAGAUUUUUGGUUACUUUUCAAUUUCCUCAAAACAUACAGAAGUACUUAAUGAGAUUUUUGACUUUGUAGAAAUGGAAGGAGAUACACUUCUUAGACAUAUGCCUACAAGAUGGCUGUCAUUGUUGCCAGCCAUAGAAAAGAUGUUAAAAUGUUGGCCUACCAUAAAAUCCUAUUUUCAAAGUGUGGGAAAAGAAGAAUGUCCUUCUCUAAUUUGGAAAUACAUUGAGGAUGAGAAUGGAGAAAAAGCUUACAGUACAACAGAAAUUUAUAUGCUGUUUCUCCAAAACUGCUUGAUGGUCUUUGAAGAAGCCAUAAGGAGCCUAGAAAAGGAUAAACUGUCUGCACCUGAGUUAUUUGAUAUUAUGUGUAAGUUGCGACAAAAACUCAUACAGCGAAAAAAUGACUCAUUUUUUGGAAAGAAGACUGCUUUAGAACUGAAAAAAACGUCACCAGAAAAGGGUAAUCAAAUUAAACAAGACUUUCUCAAUUUCUUUACUAGAACUAUAACUUUUUUGGAAUCCAAUUUCGAUUUCACAAAUUCAAAUUACCUCUGUGCUUUAAAACCAUUUUCCCUGAGAAAGAGAGGUUUAACUUACAAUGACAUCCAAUGUGCUUCAGAAUGUUUAAAAAUGAUGGACAUUUUAGACAUGGAUAACCUCUAUGAUGAAUUUAUAGAUGCAAAGGACUUGAUAGACAAACAGCUAGUCUACCCAAAUAAGCCUGUAGAUAAAAAAUGGAUGGACAUUUUUGGAGAGCUGGAAGCAAAUUCCUACAAGUAUAAAAACUUGCUUUUGCUCAUAAGUAAAAUCCUAAGUAUUCCGUGCUCAAAUGUUUUUGUUGAGAGGAUAUUUAGAUUGAUGUCAUCACAUUGGACUGACACCAGGAAUCAGUGUAAUGUAGGCUUGAUAAGAGCACAACUGCAAGUCAAAGAGAAUUUUCCAUUCGACUGUAUUCAGUUUUACCACUACAUAAAAGAAAAGAAGGAUGUCCUGAAGGCUGCGGGCAGUUCAGAGAAGUACUAUUGGAAAAGGAAACAGAAAGAGUAAAAAUAUCCUGUUUCAUGAGUUGGAAAGAAACAUGCCACGGUUAUUUUUUAAUAUAUAUAACAAUGCCUCUUUAGUUAAUCCUAUUGUAUUUAUGUUUUCCUUUUAAAAAGUCUUAUAUUUCUGCAUCUUAAUACAGAAUAAUAUAGCCUACAAAAUUUUAAUAUUUAGUAGUUUACAAAAGUUAAUUAACUGCUGGAUCAGAGAAAUGCAUAAAAAUAUUGUUAUAUAUUUCUCAUACAUUAUUUGUUUAAUUAAUCCUAUUAUUACUAAUUAUCACUGUUAACUAGUCCUAUUUUGUUUAAAUAAUAGCAUUUAUGUAACUGAAAGAUAAAUAAUACAGCAUAUAUAUUUUGGAGUAAACACUUGUGUUCCAUAUUUUUAUGUUAA